AGGGCAACAACUCAAACAGCUGUUUCGCUGCAAAUGUCGUGUGCAUGUAGAACGUGAAAAGCGGGAGUGAAAAAUGCAGCUAAAUAUACGCAAAUAAGUUAAAGUUAAGCAAAUUGUAAAUAAUUUCCAUGCCAUACGCUUGAGGCACACAAUAAUCACACAAACGCUGGUCAUGCCUGCAUCACUGCAUCGCAUUCACAAAACGACAACAAGCAACAGCAGCAGCGUCAACGACUACAACAACAAUAAAAAACGAGUGAAUCCUUGAGGCUCUCAUGGUCAGCAUGGAGCAACAGUCGUCGCCAUCGAUGCGUUGGUUGCGUCGCUACCGUUCAUUCUUCAUAAUACUGCUAUUCAUAAUUGCCAUCCAACUGUUUUUGGCGUACAAAUCACGCGACAUUGAUUUGGCGGGUGCAUUGCGCACCCAACGCGAUAUCCACGAAUCCACACCCGAAUCCUCGCCAGCAGUGCCACCGGCAGCGCCCGCCAAUGUGGUGCCGGUGGCAAAGCAACUGGGCUUCCAGCCCGAAUGUGAUAUCAAUGCCAAGGAAGCAAUAUCGGCACUUCAACGUGCUAAGACGAAAGACUGCCGUCAACAUAUCGCCCACAUUGCCUGUGCCAUUCAGGCUGGACGCUUCUAUGCCAGCCAACUGCAAAGUAGCUGCCCUGCCGGCAAUCAUACAGCCAACGUGGCACUUGGCUGCUAUCGCGACGAGAAGGACAGUCGCCUGCUUGGCGGCUACUUUGCCAGCCUAAAGACCUCCAAUUCACCCAGCAGCUGUGUGGAGCUUUGCUUGCAGUCGGGUUAUCCCUAUGCGGGUGUUCAGUAUUCGCGCGAGUGCUUCUGUGGCUUCGAUGCACCACCAAGCUCCGCCAAGUUGCCCGAUUCCAGCUGCAACAUGAAAUGCUUGGGCCAUGCCAAAGAAAUCUGCGGUGGUUUCUAUGCCAUGAACGUCUAUGAAACGGGCAUUGCCAAAUUCACGGCACAACUGGCAGCAAGCAGUGCGCCGCCGGGAGAGGAACAAGUUCGCAUUGCAUUUCUGCUGACGUUAAAUGGCCGCGCAUUGCGGCAAGUUCAUCGACUUCUCCGCGCGCUCUAUGCGCCCCAGCACGUCUAUUACAUUCACGUGGAUGCGCGCCAGGAUUAUUUGUACCGCAAACUCCUCGAACUCGAGCCAAAGUUUCCAAACAUACGAUUGGCCCGCAAACGCUUUUCGACGAUUUGGGGCGGCGCCUCGCUGCUGACAAUGCUGCUGCAGUGCAUGCAGGAUCUGCUCAAGUCCAGUUGGAAAUGGGACUUUGUAAUCAAUCUCAGUGAAAGCGACUUUCCCGUCAAGACGCUGGACAAACUCGUCGACUUUAUGAGCGCGAAUCGAGGACGCAACUUUGUCAAGGGCCACGGUCGCGAGACGCAGCGUUUCAUCCAGAAGCAGGGACUGGACAAGACCUUUGUCGAGUGCGAUACGCACAUGUGGCGCAUCGGAGACCGCAAGUUGCCCGCUGGCAUUCAAGUCGAUGGCGGCAGCGAUUGGGUGGCACUCUCACGUCCCUUCGUAAGCUAUGUGACACAUCCGGCUAAGGAGGAUACAUUGCUGCAGGAGUUGUUGCGAAUCUUUCGGCAUACGCUGCUGCCGGCGGAAUCGUUCUUUCACACGGUGCUGCGGAACACGCAGCAUUGUCACAGCUAUGUGGACAACAAUCUGCAUGUGACCAACUGGAAACGUAAGCAGGGCUGCAAGUGUCAAUAUAAGCAUGUCGUCGACUGGUGCGGAUGCAGUCCCAAUGACUUCAAGCCUGAGGAUUGGGCACGCUUGCAGGCCACCGAGCAAAAGUCUCUGUUUUUUGCACGCAAAUUUGAACCGAUCAUCAAUCAGGCUGUGCUGCUGCAGCUAGAGGAAUGGCUCUAUGGUCCAUAUACCAAUGAAUACGCCAAUCUGCAUGGCUAUUGGCAGUCGCUUUACCAUCAUGAGGAUGUGCACAGCGCUGGCGAUGAUCUGACGCGCACUAUAGGAGACAGCUUGAUGCGCUUGGCAGUGCAGCAGACAAAGCUAAAACAUCAACUGCAGGCGGAACAAUUGUUAGAGCUCACGCAUUAUCUGCAUCGGGAUCAGUACAAGGGUUUCCUAGUGCGCUUUAGUGCGCAGCGUCGCAAUGACUCCAAGCAGCUGCAACUGGAGACACGUGUUCGGCCCGUGCAGCUGGGCAAGCUGGCGAGGAAUGCGCGCUUUAGCAAACGUUUGCGCAACUUUGAGGUCUCCACGGACUUUGACCAGAAGGAGCAGGUGGCGCGCAACUUUGCCAAGAUGCUAGGACCCAAAAGUGAGCUUGUGCUCAGCUAUACAUAUCAAGGAGUGGCCGAAACACGCGACGAUGCUGCGCAUUCGUACAAUUUGACACUGCUGUGGUUGGAUCCCUUGGGACGUCUGCAAGACUUUAAUGAGCUGCAUGUGGAAGAAUCGCAGCUGGAUGUUAUCAAUCACUCGAAGACGCUCCUCAAACAACCGCUUACACCAGGAAUUUGGACAGCCAAACUCAUUGGACGCAGCUCCAUCUACGCGCAGCUCAAGUUCCUCGUCUCGCCUUUGGCCUACUCGAAUGGAUCGCCACUAGAAAAUGCUGCAGCAGCCAAGAGCUUAAACGGUGGUCUGACUCUUUCGCUGCCCGAAGACUUUGAGCUGCCCGUGGAGUGGCAACAGCAUCUGGACAACGACAACGAUGUCUUUGCACUGCGUGAAGAAGCUUUGGCCAAUGCUCAGUUAACCGGGCAGGAACUUCACGCCAGGAUCGAUGAGCUGGUUGGCAAAUUCUUUCAGCUUCGCGAAACAUGCGAGGUGAAUGGUGAAACGCGUGUGCUUCCCGAGCUACCGCUCUGCCAAGACACUGCCUGGAGUUCGCUCGCUUCGGAUCCCAAGAGCGACAUUGAAGUGCUGCUCAAGCGUCGAUGAUGAGCACCUCUCUCCCGUUUGAAGUGGGAGCGAGUUGUUAUAGCCAUUUUUUAUAUUGAAAACGCUACCAUUGAACAAUUUUUGUUAAUCAUUUUGUUGUUGUGUAAAUACCGUGUCCCUCUAAAUGUUAAUGUGUGUGUGUGCAAGUGUUUUAAACGUCCUUAUAUACUCGGUAGUCAAAGGAAAAUCUCCAAUAUCAGCAUUCGAGUUGUAGCUCUCGGUCCGUCAAUCUUUACCUCAAAGAUUCGUAUAGUAAAUGUGCUCAUAAUACAAUUUGCCAACUUGUUAUAUAUAAUAGUAAAUGUUGCAAGUCAGCUAGGAUUUUUAUCAAGAAUUAUGCGCACAAAAGAAUGCUCUUGCCUUGUCAAUGCUUCACUUUGCUUUUCGGCUAAUA